AUGCAGGUACCAAAGAAGGAGGAGGUACAUGAUAGUACGAUACCACAUAAUUAUGAGGCGAGCUCGAAAAUCCCCCAUCUAUCUCCUCCUCAUUUAGACUUCAAACUUCAGACUCACACACUUUCCAUCAAACAAAUUUUCAACCCUACCCAAAACCUCUCCAAAUUACAUUCUCUCAAAAUGCCUUUCGAACAACCAGUCGUUGAGCAACAAAUCCAAUCCGAAGCUCCUAUGAGCUCCGAGAACAUUGGUAUCGAGAUGCAACAACCAAAACCAGUUCCUACCAUGGGUACCGAGACCAACCUCCGUGGUGGUGAGUCCGCUGGCUGUGAAUGCUGUGGGUGCGGAUGUGGUGAACAAUGCUGUUAG